AACCUGUGUUUCCGGAUGCUGUGUAGGCGGCAGCAUGAAGAAAUAAAGAAUGACGUCUUAAAGAACCAGACUGAUUAUUUAUAUCUGCUAAAUCCUGAGGAUAUUGAUGAUGAUGAAGAGUUGAACGAUGGUGAGGUGAAUGGGAAUGGGACUCCUCAGGAAAAGAUGCUGCGUGAAGCUCGCAUCAAGGCAAAAGCGAAACGGCGGCUGAGGCGCAACUCUUCCCGAGACUCCACCACACGGGAGUCAGUGUCAGAGAGUGGUGAGCCAGGGACAGACCCAAACAGCCCCAAAGGGAAACUGAAUGACCGGAAAUCUCGGUCUGGAAAAGGACGAGGCCUUCCAAAGAAAGGUGGAGCUGGCGGGAAGGGUGUAUGGGGUGCGGCUGGAGUUAUUUAUGAUUAUGAAGAACCCGAUGCUCGUGAUCCAAACUAUGAUGAUGCUGUCCAGGGCAAAACAGUGUAUGGGACAAUGGUCCCAGAACUGGAUGAAAAUGCACUGCAGAAGACCGUGACUCCAAUUGUGAAGGAGUACUUUGAACAUGGAGAUGGACGUGAAGUGGCGGCUCUGCUGCAGGAACUGAACCUGGGCAAGAGAAAGCAUGAGGUUCCUUCUCUGGCAGUCUCUCUUGCGUUGGAAGGCAAGGCGAGUCACCGGGAGCUGACAUCCCGGCUUCUGUCUGACCUCCUGGGGAAAGUCCUUACAGCUGAUGAUGUUGCCAAGGCCUUUGAUAAGAUGCUGAAGGAUCUGCCUGACCUUAUUCUUGAUACACCUGAAGCACCACAGGUGCUUGGCCAGUUUAUCGCCAGGGCAGUUGCAGAUGAUGUGUUGCCAUCAAACUUUCUCGACGGUUAUAAAGGGAGAGUGAAUUGUGAUCAUGCACGUGCUGCUUUGGAUCGUGCUGCUGUCCUUCUGAGUAUGAAGCGGGGUGUCGGAUUGGACAACGUCUGGGGAGUAGGCGGAGGGCAGCGACCUGUUAAACAUCUCAUCAGAGAGAUGAAUUUCAUAUUGAAAGAGUUCCUGCUCUCCGGAGAGCUGGAAGAAGCUGAGCACUGCCUCCGUGAUUUGGAGGUGCCACAUUUCCACCAUGAGCUUGUUUAUGAGGCCGUUAUCAUGGUGCUGGAGUCAACUGGAAACACGGCGGCGAAGAUGGUAAAGCUGCUGAAAAUGCUGUGGGAGAGUGGGCUCGUCACACUGGACCAGAUGAACAGGGGUUUCCAGCGAGUAUUUGAUGAGUUACCAGAUAUAAAUCUGGAUGUGCCGCUUGUCCACACGAUUCUGGAGAAAUUCUUAGACCUGUGUGUUCAGGAAGCUGUUAUAACUAAGCAGCUCCGUGAUAGCUGUCCUUCACGAGGCCGUAAGCGUUUUGUGAGUGAGGGAGAUGGUGGACGUGUCAAGGAGUAAGACCUUACUACGUGCAUUUGACUGUCAGAUCCUCAACGCACAUCAGAUAUUACCAGAUUUUUUUGAUCAUAUUUCUACAUGAAACACCAAAGACUCAGCAGGAGUUUGGACAGAUUUGUGGGAACAGGUGGCAGUGACAAGUGUGGAACUGGACUGCUCUUGCGCGCUCUCUGAACUGGCACUUUGAUAUAGUUGUCUGCAUUCACCAGGUUAUCUGUGCUUUCCAGGGGCUGAUUUAUCUCACUGGGUCUCCAUCCAAAAUAAAACGAAUCUCCUGAUACCUAUAAAACUGUUCAUGGCAGAAAUGGAGAAAUUGGUAUGAUUUCCAAGUAGCUUUUAAAUGAACUGGGGGGUCAGAUUUGAGAUGAUUUGUCUUUUUUUUCCCCCACCCUCCCCUUAAAAUGCUGACAAUGUUGAUCUUUAUCUGACGGCUUUUCUUUUCUUUAAUGCUUUGCAUUGCACAUGUACCUGUUGCUCUGGCUCCAGAGUGAAUGGCUUUAGAAGAUCGAAUCUCUCAUGAAUUGGAGUAUGGGAAAGAUGACAUCCUUAGCCAAGAGCCAUAAAGCAGCCACUGGGAGACCCUAUAACAGCAACCCUAUAACAGACCUCACUCUGGGGGGGACCCGGCUGCAACCCUAUAACAGACCUCACUCUGGGGGGGACCCGGCUGCAACCCUAUAACAGACCUCACUCUGUGGGGGUUCAUGGUCUGCUCCUGGCCAGUGAGAAGGCAGCAUUGAACAGCUCCUUGUUGUCACAGUCAGUUGUCUGAUUGUAGAAGUUUACUGGCAGGGCUGUUGUGCAAUGGUAGUGUCCCUGCCUCUGAGCCAAAGGCCCAAAUUAUUGUCCCACUGCUGACCUAACUGGGCGCUGUGCCAAAAUGAUUUGGCUGUGCCAGGUGUUUGUGGGUAUGUAUUACUGAGCUCAGAUUCCAGUACCCUCACUGACGACAUAUGGGGGAAAGGGGGCUACCAUUUAUUGGGGGGGGGGGGGGGAGAAGGGGGUGUACCUCGAAGAUGUGUGUGUUGUGCAUGGUCCAGUCUUUUCAGAGCGUGACCCUUUAAAAUAUUUUUGCACUUGUGUUAUUUCUUGCAAAGCUGAUUUUCUGCUGUACCUUUUCAGGCUGCUUUAUGGCUUUAGCAAGAUCACGGGUGGUGGGUAAGGUGCUUCAACCAAAUUGCACUUGGCAAUUUUGCAUUUGAUUAGAGAGAAGUGCAUGGUUUAGAAACAAUUGAAUGAGAUUGUCAACAUCCAUGUCUUAGAGGGGCAAUUGGGUUUUGUCUCUAAUGGGAAAUGCUUUUAAGAAAAGUUGGAUAUGGAAUAAAGAUGAUUCUAUAACCCAUGA